AUACAAACCAAAGUGAUAUCUAUCACUUGGGAUUGUGGAAUGGGAACCCCCCACCUGCCAUCUGGAAGAUAUAAGUAGUGUUGGAUAAGAAAGGAGCAUUGUGUGACCAUCAUCCCACGCAAUCGGACUGUCAAGUUAUCGAACGACAAGUGCUACGACUUUCGUCUCAACUGAGCUUCAAUUCUAUCUCCCUGCUCCAAUUCACGUCUUACAAAGACCCGGAGCGUACUACCACGCCUCUGUCAACAUGGCGACUUUGCCAGAACCAAUUCUGUACCACUUAAAGCCAACCAAGCUGAUCCCUAAUUCACCCAAGCCACUACUCCAUUACAAGAACGCUUUCGUCAAAGGUGGUCAAGUUGAUCGUACCAAAGCCUUCGAUACUUUUUGCGACAACGAAUGGGACGUGCAAUGGGUCGUUAGAUAUGGUCAACACCAGCGAUCUCAUUAUCAUUCCCAAUCCCAUGAAGUUAUGGUAGUUGUCUCCGGCCCCGGCCGCAUCCGCUGGGGCGUUGCAGACUUGAGCGAUGACCCACAAGAGCAUACUUCUGGAACAGCCUAUGAAGACGGCGGACUGGAGCUCGAGGUCAACGUGGGAGAUCUUUUUGUCAUCCCAGCUGGCGUUGCACACAAGUCAUACGAUCCUUCAGCUACAACGGCAUCGUUUGGUUGUAUGACUGGAGACGCUCGUGGUAUUGCUGCCGAUAACCCGAGGAUUUCUGUUGCAGAGGUGCCACUGGAGGGAUUUUGUAUGAUGGGAGCUUAUCCGAGAGGAUUUUCAUGGACAUGGGAUGAGGGAGGCGAUAGCGCAGGUGACUUUGAAGCAGUAUGGGGUGUAAAGAAUCCUGCUUCUGAUCCAUUUACUGGAGACGACGGUGGUAUCAGCAAGUACUGGAAGAAAUAGUAAGAAUGCAACGAGAGGGCAUCCUGAGAACUUAGUUGUGUCUUUGCAUAGCUUCAUAACUGUCCUAGCGAGGUUACAAAUAAGAGGUUCUGUAUCACCAGUCUUUCCUACUGUGAUGGCAUUCCGAAAAGGUAUUUCGAAGGACUAAAG